AUGGAAUAUUCCAUUUGUUGCAAUGAUAUUCUAAGGUAUUACAUCAAGUGGCUUGGAAUGGAAUAUUCCAUUAGCUGCAGUGAUAUUCUAAGGGUUGCUCUACUCAUUAUACAGAGGAAUCUUCGAAAGUUCUUGCAGCUUAGAAACUGGUUAUGGUGGAAACUGUAUUCCAAGGUCAAGCCUCUGCUGAGCAUUGCCAGGGUAGAGGAUGAACUUCGGGCCUUAGAAGAGAAGUUAAAGGCAGCGAAUGAAGCUUUGGAGAAGGAGGAGAAGCUACGAAAAGAACUGGAGACUCAGAAUGUAAAGGUUCUCCAGGAGAAGAAUGACCUCUUCAUGCAGCUUGAAGCUGAGAGGUCGUCUUCUGGAGACGUGGAAGAGCGACUAACUAAGGCUCUGACACAGAAGGGAGACUUGGAAUCUCAAGUACAGGUUCGUCUU